GCUCCCCGCGGCUUGGCUCAUUACCGAGGCACAUGCUAUUACAACUCCCACCUUCAUGCGGGCUCGGCCAUACACAUCAUGGUGAAUUGCAGUUUUUCUAUAUCAUAACAGUUCUGUUGUCGAUGCGCCCUGUCUCUGGCGCCCCCCAUCCGGCAGAAUGGCUGCAAUGCUUGAGUUCCGCACGCAAGGGUACAAUCCCUAUGCCGUGAAGUACUCGCCAUACUACGACUCGCGCAUCGCCGUCGCGAGCUCCGCCAACUUCGGCAUCGUGGGCAAUGGUCGGGUCUUCGCCCUCGGGCUGACGGCCCAGGGCAUCCAGGUCGAGAAAACGUUCGAUACCAAUGAUGCGCUCUACGAUUUGGCUUGGUCAGAGAUCAACGAGAACCAGCUGAUAGUCGCCUGUGGAGAUGGAUCGCUCAAGCUCUUCGACUUGGGCGUGGACGAAUUCCCGAUCAUGAACUUCCACGAACACAAGCGGGAGACUUUCUCAGUGUGUUGGAGCCCCGUCACCAAGGACACCUUUGUGUCGAGCUCGUGGGACGGCACAAUCAAGCUUUGGUCUCCAACUCGAAACCAUUCCAUCAAGACGCUCCCCGUGGGAAACUGCACGUACAGCACAUCCUUCUGCCCCUCCAACCCCGCCCUCAUCUCAGCCGUGUCCUCCGACUCCUACCUCCGCAUCUUCGACCUCCGAACUCCGUCUUCGGCCAAGUACCACCUCACCACCGCCAUCCCUGUCCAUGCGCCACCCGCCCAACCCACCAUGGCCGUCAGUCCUCCGAGUGCGCCGGCUGAGAUCCUCACGCACGACUGGAACAAGUACAGGGACACCGUAAUUGCGACGGGCGGCGUGGAUCGAGUCCUGCGCACAUUUGAUAUUCGAAAUCCAGCAGGCGGGCCUCUUGCUGUCAUGCAGGGCCACGAGUACGCCGUCCGCAGGUUGGCGUGGAGUCCCCAUGCAAGCGACACUCUAAUCAGCGCGAGUUACGACAUGACGGUUCGUCUCUGGAAUGACGGAUCAGCACAACCCCAGAACCCGGAAAUGGGUCCUGCAAUUGGCGCGCAAAUGGGAAUCAUGAACCGCCAUACCGAGUUCGUCACUGGAGUGGACUGGUGUUUGUUUGGGAUGGGCGGCUGGGUGGCCUCAGUUGGCUGGGAUGAGAGGGUCCUGCUGUGGGAUGCCAACAUGAUGAUGGGCCAGCGAGGUCCCUGAGUAUCGGAUCAGGUUACGACUAUUCUGGGCGUUGAUACAGGAGUUUAUCUGCGGCUUUCGUAACAAUUGGUCGGGUUGGCGUUUGGGACGGCUACCAAGCGAAUUGAUCGCGGGGUGCUGGAGCAUACAUAUCUCAGAAAAUCGCCUGGACGGGCACCAUUAUCAUGAUACCAGGAUAGAACAGUGUUUUCUGGUUACAUCAGUUCCCAAUUCCCCUCCUGCGACAUGGGGUGGUACGAAAGAGGACAAGUUUACUAGUUCCAAAUGUCACAAAUUGGGGACCCAAAGAGAUAAGGGAGGCAAGUUGAUCAGAUAUGUCAUAAUAGCAUAAUUAAC